CGAGCCCGACACCGACACGGACCCCGAGGAGGCGGGGGGCGGCGGGUGCGCUUCCGCGGAGGACGACGAAGUGACGGAGCGCAUCGAGUGCGCCAGGCCCGCGCCGCACCCCGCCGAGGUAGGGCCGAACGGGCGGGCCCCGAUGUCCCUCCUGGAGCUGCCCCCCGAGCUGCUGGUGCAGAUCUUCGGCUCGUUGCCCGGCACCGACCUGCCCAGCCUGGCCCGCGUCUGCACCACCUUCCGCCGCAUCCUUCGCACCGACACCAUCUGGAGGAGGCGCUGCCGGGAAGAGUACGGCGUCUGUGAAAACCUGCGGAAGCUGGAGAUCACAGGAGUGUCCUGCCGGGACGUGUAUGCCAAACUGCUGCACCGAUACCGGCACAUCUUGGGAUUGUGGCAGCCAGACAUCGGGCCCUACGGGGGACUGCUGAACGUGGUGGUAGAUGGUCUGUUCAUCAUUGGGUGGAUGUACUUGCCACCUCACGACCCUCACGUUGAUGACCCCAUGAGAUUCAAACCUCUCUUCAGGAUCCAUCUCAUGGAGAGGAAAUCUGCAACGGUUGAGUGUAUGUAUGGCCAUAAGGGACCUCAUAACGGCCACAUCCAGAUUGUAAAGAAGGACGAGUUCUCCACCAAGUGCAACCAGACAGAUCACCACCGGAUGUCAGGGGGAAGGCAGGAGGAAUUCCGGACGUGGCUACGGGAAGAGUGGGGCCGCACUCUGGAAGACAUCUUCCAUGAGCACAUGCAAGAGCUCAUCUUGAUGAAGUUCAUCUACACCAGCCAAUAUGACAACUGCUUAACAUACCGACGCAUCUACCUCCCUCCGAGCAGCCCUGACGACCUCAUCAAGCCAGGUCUCUUCAAGGGAACGUAUGGGAGCCACGGGCUGGAGAUUGUCAUGUUGAGCUUCCAUGGAAGGAAAGCCAAGGGGACUAAAAUCACCGGAGAUCCCAACAUCCCAGCUGGGCAGCAGACUGUGGAGAUAGACCUGGCUCACCCCCUGCAGCUCCCUGACGUCGAGAACCUGCGUGAUUUCAGCGAGCUCUCCCGCAUCGUCCUGGAGGUGCAGGAGCAGGUGCGUCGGGAGGAGCAGGAGGACGAGCAGCAGCAGGGGGAAGAGGACCGCUCCCAGCAGGCUGCCUCCUCUCCUGCUGCACAGCCCCAAGGAGGAGAAGGUGCUGAGGGGGAAGAGACCGCGGCUGGGGCAGAGCGGGCGACCCAGGACAAGGCUCCGGCGUCCCAGCCCUUCGUGCUGCCCAUGGGGGUCAUAUCGAGGAACGAGGACUAUCCCCGGACCUGCCGGAUUUGUUUUUAUGGGACGGGGCUCAUUGCUGGCCAUGGCUUCACCAGCCCCGAGCGAACGCCCGGUGUUUUUGUUCUUUUCGACGACGAUCGCUUUGGAUUCAUCUGGCUGGAGCUGAAGUCCUUCAGCCUGUACAGCCGGAUCAAGGUCUCCUUCCAGAACGCCGAAGCGCCUUCCCGUGAGGCUUUUGAUGAAAUGCUGAAGAAUAUUCAGUCGCUGGCUACUUGAUGGGUGAUCUGUGAUGGACAGGGCUAGGGGCUGCGAAGGCCGCUGCGCUCCCCGGCCAGAGAUAGGCUUGGGGAUUCCUUGCUCUUGGUACCUCUGAAGAAAAGCAUGCACUUUUAAUAAAGCCUUUUUACCCCCCUUAUGUACA